AUGGCUCAACAACACUCUCUCUCAUUCCUUCUCUGUGAAGAACAAUGCACUUUCGAGGAAGAUUCUAGGCCCAACAACGAUGACCCAACACUGAUAAAGCCCUCAACUUUACCUUUGAUUUUGCUCCAAAGUGACUUGUUCUUGGAACACGAUGACCUUCUCUCUCUAAUCUCGAAAGAGAGAGGAACCCAUUUUGUUGGGACUCUUCUUGAGGCUUCUCGUCGCGAUGCUGUGAGCUGGAUUUCAAGAGUUUCAGUGCUCUAUGGUUUCACUGCUUUGACCACUGUUCUUGCUGUGAACUACUUUGAUAGGUUCAUAACGAGCCCAAGAUUUCAGAGGGAUAAGCCAUGGAUGACUCAGCUUACUGCAGUUGCGUGUUUGUCUUUGGCUGCCAAAAUGGAAGAGACCCAAGUGCCACUUCUUUUGGACCUUCAAGUGGAGGAGUCAAAGUUUGUGUUUGAAGCAAAGACCAUACAGAGAAUGGAACUUCUAGUUUUGUCCACUCUUCAGUGGAGGAUGAACCCUGUGACCCCAAUUUCCUUCUUUCAACACAUUGUUAGAAGGCUUGGUUUAAAGAACCGCUUGCAUUGGGAAUUCCUAGGGAGGUGCGAACGAGUUAUUCUAUGUGUCAUUGCGGAUUCAAGGGUUAUGAGUUAUCUUCCUUCUAUAUUGGCUGCUGCUACAAUGAUCCACGUUAUUAAAGAGAUUGAACCAUUUAAUGCAUCGGAAUACAGAAAUACACUUCUGGGUUUACUCAAAAUUAGUGAGGAACAAGUGAAUGAGUGCUAUAAACUCAUGCUGAAACAAUUAGUAUGCUAUGAAGGUAUUUACAAUCUUUGCCAGAAACGCAAACGCCUAUCUGAACCAAGUAGCCCAGGUGGUGUCAUUGAUGCAUCUUUCAGUAGUGACAGCUCAAAUGAUUCAUGGACCGUGGCAUCACCAAUCUCACUUUCAUUGGAGCCAGUGUUUAAGAGGAGCAAAGCUCAGGACCAGCAGUUGCGGUUGCCUUCAGUAAAUCACGUGUAUAUUGAUGUUCUAAAUAGUCCUCGUUGA